UAUAAAGAGGUCAGGAUGACAAAGCUUGUGUCGGUGGUAAAGGCACGCUCAUUUAUAGAGCGAUGUAUGACAGCCAUAGGAACAGAUCCCAAACACAGUGUAGCUAUCGCUAAUAUGCUCAUAGAGGCUGAUAUUAGAGGUCAUUUUACUCACGGGCUCUACCGAUUAGAAAUGUAUAUGCGUGACAUUGAGAGUGGCGUCACGCAAGCGAGAGGCGAACCGAGUCUUGAAAAGGAUUUUGCAGCGACUGCGCUGGUGAAUGGUAACAAUCUUCCUGGUGUGGUUGUUGGUAACUUUUGCAUGGAUUUAGCCAUCAAGAAAGCAAAGGAAUAUGGAAUUGGUUGUGUCGUGUGUAAAGGUUCUACGCAUUUUGGUAUAGCUGCUUGGUACAGCGCUCAGGCACUGCAGCAUGGAAUGAUAGGUAUGAGUAUGUCGAACACCUCCCCUGUGGUGGUACCAACCAGGGCAGCCAAGCCAUCCAUUGGAACAAACCCUCUGUCAGUUGCCGCACCAGGGAGGGAAGGCGACAAUUUUCUCCUAGAUAUGGCUACUUCAGCAGUGGCAUUUGGAAAGCUUAGAAUGUGUCGUGUAAAAGGAACUGAAAUGCCUCAAGGAUGGGGUGUCGACUCAAAAGGAUUGGAAACUGUUGAUCCUGUAGAGGCAAUGGACCGGGGUGGACUUUUUCCCUUAGGUGGAGCAGAAAUCACAGGUGGAUAUAAAGGUUUUGGAUUAGCCAUGAUGGUGGAUGUGUUUUGUGGGAUGUUAUCGGGAUCUACGUUUGGAACAAACAUCAAACGCUGGAAAGGAGAAGAAGAACGAGUACAUAAUUUGGGUCAUUGUUUCAUAGCAGUUAACCCUAAAGUAUAUGCUGACGGAUUUGAGGAUCGUAUGCAAGCUUCGAUGGAUCAGUACAGAAAUUUGGAACCGGCGGAGGGUGAGACUGCGGUUUUGGUGGCUGGAGAUCCUGAAAAAGAACACAUGCGCAAAGUUUCUGAAGAUGGAGGCAUUUAUUACCAUGAAAAUGUGCUGAAAUCCAUGGAUAAAAUUGCUGACAGAUUAGGUGUGGCCUACCUACUGAAGCAGUAAAAGCCUUGCUUAAUAUGCAGUAAAAUUCAUUAGUUUAUCGCAAGAUUCAGCGAUGACGUGU